AUGACUGCAUCCAGAAAUGGCAGAUUUAUGUCAACAGACUCUAAUAAAACCGAUGAGCGCUUCAAAGUUGAGGAAGCAGAGACAGUUAAUAUGGCCCCACCUCCAACAGAGAAGUUGCUUGUGCUGGGUGGAAAUGGAUUUGUUGGCUCACAUGUUUGCAAAGAAGCUUUAGAUCGAGGUUUGUCUGUUGCUAGCCUUAGCAGAUCUGGUAGGUCGUCCAUACAAGAAUCUUGGGCCGGGAGCAUGGCUUGGCAUCAAGGAAAUUUGCUUUCAGAUAAUUCAUGGAAGGAAGCAUUCAAAGGAGUUUCUUCUGUUAUUUCUUGUGUUGGUGGUUUUGGCUCUACCUCAUACAUGUAUAAGAUCAAUGGAACUGCCAACAUUAAUGCAAUUAGAGCUGCUGCAGAACAAGGUAUUGAUAGACUGAUUAGUCUGCUUCUAUGUGAUGUCUCUGUCCCUCUCGCACACACAGAUUUUGUUUUCCAUGUGAUUGUUAAUGAGUAA